AUGGCCGGCUCUCAAUACGGGGCGAUUGGCAUGACCUUCAAGGUCGUCCGUAUGCUUCAGGCAGUGUGUCUCAUUGCAAUCAUCGGCAUGACCGCCAACUUCAUCUCCCAGAUGGUAUCAAGCAGUACUAGCCCCCCUGAGGUUCUCGUCGGUACUCUCAGUGUGACUUGUAUCGCGGUCCUAUACUGCGUUAUUACGUUCAUUCUUUUCAUCGACAACAUUCUUCCAUUCCUUAUCAACACCGGACUAGACGGCCUUCAUCUAAUCGCCGUGAUCGUCGUCGCCGUUACUGUCGGAAAGCCGCUAUCGUAUGUAAACUGCAACGUUCUCGGAAAGGUAUCAGGUGAUACAUCGUCAGCAUACAGCUUCGCAGCCGCUUUGGGCGCAAGUCUUGCCAAAGAUGGCAAUAAGAUCAGUUACACCCACUGGAUUGGCGCUUCGAAACCUAACUGCCUUGAAAUGAAGGCUAUUUGGGGCUUGAGUAUUGCUCUCUGCUUUGCGCUCCUUCGCUUUGGUGGAAACCCCUCUUCGAUUUUUGGUUUGCUGAUAAUCCUGCCGUUUCGCGUUUGUAUUGCUAUUUGGAACCUCGCCUGA